UGAUCUGUCAGCCCUUUUGAAAUGUCCAGUACGGAGACAGGACUCGCUGCUUACGGAGGCUUAUCUAAUGCUUUCCCGGGUCUACUAUCAGAGUGUAUGUUGAGCAAGGACAAGAGAUGAGUUGGUCAGACCCUCUGCUAUCUAUCUGGGGGAAUUACAGAGAACUUUCACAUGGAUAAAAAGGGCUGGCACUGACGACGCGACCCUACCCGGGGAUUGGAUAGCACCCCACCAGAUGCUGCGAACCAAAUCCACGAGUUGUCACCCCGACUCUGGUGCUCAUAUGUGUACCAAACACGCUCUCCUUCCCCUGGAAGACAACUUGAUGGAUCCCUCUGUUCACCACAGCUGACACAUCAAGGCCCGGCACCAUUAUCAGCACCUUAAGCAUUAGCACAGCACAACAGGAUUAGAGUCAGUGGAUCAUCGCUAAUUUCUGGAUCAUCGGCUGAACUGGACCACCGGGACACGCACUCUCCUCUUGUCCAGCCCUCUUCAUACAGACAGAGCCUCCGUCCUUGAACUGACCAUGUGUGUAUGCUAUAAACAUAGGUAGAGGCAUAACUCAGGUCUGAUACUGGAGAUGCCGAAGAGACGAGACAUCGUCGCCAUUGUGUUGAUCGUGCUGCCUUGGACACUGCUCAUUACUGUUUGGCACCAAAGCGCCAUCACUCCUCUGCUCGCUACACGAAAGGAUGACAGACGGGAUGGUCGCUCCAACUCAAGGAAUACUUUUGCCCUCAAGGAGUCCUGCUCCCUUCAGAACAGGGACAUCAUGGAGGUGGUGCGCACUGAGUACGUCUACAGCCGGCCCCCGCCGUGGUCCGACAUCCUGCCCACGGUCCACGUCAUCACUCCCACCUACAGCCGGCCGGUGCAGAAGGCAGAGCUGACACGUCUGUCCAACACCUUGCUGCACGUGCCCAACCUGCACUGGAUCCUGGUGGAGGACUCCCAGAGGAGGACCACUCUGGUCGGCCGUCUCCUCCAGGAGACGGGACUCAACUACACCCACCUGAACGUGGAGACGCCCAGGAACUAUAAGGUACGCGGGGACACUCGGGACCCCCGCAUACCUCGGGGUACCAUACAGAGGAACCUGGCCCUGCGGUGGCUCAGGGAGACUUUUGGCAUAAACAGCAGCCAGUCUGGGAUUGUCUACUUUGCAGAUGAUGACAACACGUACAGUCUGGAGCUGUUUGAGGAGAUGCGUUCCACCAAAAAGGUGUCAGUGUGGCCCGUGGCCUUUGUAGGUGGCCUACGAUACGAGUCCCCUAAAGUAAACACCUUGGGCAAGGUGUACGGCUGGAAGACUGUGUUCGACCCACACCGGCCCUUCGCCAUCGACAUGGCUGGGUUUGCUGUGAACCUGCGCCUCAUUCUGUCCAAACCUCAGGCUUAUUUCAAGCUACGUGGAGUGAAGGGAGGUUAUCAGGAGAGCAGUUUGUUAAAGGAGCUGGUCACUCUCAGCGAUUUGGAGCCUAAAGCUGCUAACUGCACUAAGGUAUUAGUAUGGCACACGCGGACAGAGAAGCCUGUGCUCGUAAAUGAGGGCAAGAAGGGAUUUACAGACUCUAAUGUGGAGAUAUGACAUACUUCAUCUGACACAGGGGCAUUUCUCCAUUGGAUUCUACUCGGAUUCAAACCAAACUCAGAGCUCCUUCCAGUAAUAUCCAGGGGUCCAAAAUAUCAUCACAGCACAGCACAGUAGCCGUACUUCAUCAACUGAGGCACACCUGUCCGCCCCAGGAGGCAGCACACGGAGUAUCAAAGCACAACUGCACAAUAAAACGUGCUGCUCAGAGCACUGGCUGAUGCGAGACACCGGUAAGAGUUGCCAAAAGGAGCUUGCCCACUGAGGUCUCCUCGGAGAGCUGAGACAAAGGAUGUUACGUGAUUUUAACUGCAGGAAGAGAUGGCACAGCAAGCAAUAAAGAGCCCUCUGAGCGCAGACAACACCAGCCAACCAUCCAAUCAGCAUUAAAUAGGGCCCUUUUGUUCUGAGGCGAGCUGGCUGUCGGGCACUGGGCUGCAUGGAGGAACAAAAGGGGCCCUUGUCUUAAGUGAGUCAGCACUGACUGACAGACUGCAGUGAGAGGAUCUGAGCCCCCCCCCCACACUUGUACUGUACAACACUGAGCUAUUUAGAUAGCACCCUGAACCCAGCACUAAUUAGGAGUCCCGUUACUCCUCAACACACAUUCACACAUGCUCAGCUGUCACACUGCACACAGUGAGCACACAGACACACAUGCACUGAAGAGCACGGAGCAAUGAUUUAUUACAGUAUAACAGCAACGUCUUCUCUUACAGUCAUUUACUCCAAGCUCUUGUUUAUUCCUGACAUGCUGUAACACUACUGAGGUCUACUGCUAUUUGAAAAGAAGAUUCAAUAUCCCUAGCGGCCUGUUCACCUCACAGUCAUCUGCAUAUAAGCUAAUUAAGAUCCCACUGAGUGAGCUGAUGGUUUCUCAGCAGAAUUAUUUAUUGUUUCAGUGUAACCGGUACCAUUCACUUGUUAGUCGUGAGCUAGGCAUGUGCGAGUCGAUGGGAUACGAAGCCAUUAAUCUAAAAAUGUGAUGUGCAGCCUUUCAAAUAGCUGUAUUACACAAUCUAAUUAUUCCCACCAUGGAUGGCUGGCUCGCAAGUGACGAUUUCAUACCCCAUUGACUUGCAGUGGCACUGCUUACAAACGCUAAUGUUCUCAGACUCUGUGGCUGUUAGGAGUUUGGUCAGUUAUCGAUGUGUCAGGCAUCCGAAACUUUCACUCAAAGAUUGGGGUCUGAUGUUGCUACAAUGCUGCUUGUGUUUCAUUUGAAAGCUGUUCACAUCCCUCCUGCCUCAGCUCAGGUUGUCCCAUAAACCAUUUUUUUUGUUUCACAGAAAAUGUCAUUAACUGCACUCUGCAGUAUAUUCACACAAGCAAAGCAAAUCUAACAGAAAUAUCAAAUAAAAACGUAUUGCCCUUUAAGUGGAAAUCCACGGGUAAGAGAAUAUACUUGGAAAUGUUUCUCUAUGUGUAAAGAGUCACUGUAUCUCAAGGUACUGUAUGUAUAUAGCUAUAAACUGCUCCCAUACAAACA